CCCUUCCCCAUGACCCUUACGAAUUGUCCCCUCCAGCUCCUUGCUGAUGCCGCUUCUAAUCAUGACUCUGACGAAUCGUCUCGCUGUCCUUCACCCGAAUGUCCUCCACACGAUCUGCGACCGAGGAAGUCAAAACACCACCGUGUGGCGCGACGACAGGUCAAAACAAAGCUUUGUCCCCUCGACCGACACGCGAAAGAAUUGAAGAAAGCGAAAUAUGCUGACGCGUGCAAUAUCAAAACGCUCAGCAACUCGCCAGCCAAUCCAUUCCAGCUUCGAAUGCUACGCAUGGUUUAUGACUCCAUAACUAUAUACCCUCCAGACAACUGGCAGGCGUUGCUUGCUUUGGGGCUGUAUCGCUCGCCAGUUCAGAUCAGGAAUUGGUUCUCAAAUACGCGUCAGAAGAAUAGAGGUGACGCGCGGAAGCCUUUUGUUGAUUUAGGCGAUGGUGUCAAGCUUCGACCUUCAGCGCUAAGCCUCUCUGACGAAUGGUCGGACGAAACAUUCGAACAGAUUCUCUCAGCCUGCAUCACCUUAUGCUCCUUCCGCGAAUAA